CUGGAUUCAGCUGACCACAGACUGCACAGGACACGCUUCUGAUCCCAAGGAAGAGGGGAAAGAGCCAGGGCUGCUGUCCCCACCAGCCCAGUCCCUCACGAAGCCACCGUCCAAGAGGCAGCUCCAUCCUGCAGAAGAUGUUCCCAGGAGCCUGGCUGUGCUGGGCCUCCCUCCUGCUCCUGGUCAGGCCCACCCAGCCUUGCCCAGUGGGCUGUGAUUGCUUCAGCAGGGAGGUGUUCUGCUCGGAUAAGGAGCUGGCCGCCAUCCCACAGGACAUCCCCCAACAUGCUACAGACAUUGUCUUUGUGGAGACUGCCUUCACCACAGUGGGGACCAGGGCUUUCAGUAGCAACCCCAACCUGACCAAGGUGGUCUUCCUUAACACUCAGGUCCAUCACCUAGAGCCUGAUGCCUUUGGGGGUUUGCCCAGGCUGGAGGACCUGGAAGUCACAGGUGGCCCCUUCUCCAACCUCAGCACUGACAUCUUCUCCAACCUGAGCUCACUCUGCAAGUUCACCCUGGACUUCAACAGGCUAAAGGUUCUGCCUGAGGACCUCUUCCACCACAUGGACAGCCUGGAGUCCCUCCAGCUGCAGGGGAACCAGCUCCAGACCCUGUCGGGGAGACUCUUCCAACCUCUGAGGCAUCUGAGAACCCUCGACCUGGCCCAGAACCUCCUGGCCCAGCUCCCCAAGGAGCUGUUCCAGCCACUCACCAGACUGCAGAUACUGAAGCUGAGCAACAACAUGCUUCUUACCCUUCCUGAGGGUGCACUGGGCAACCUGGGCAGCCUGCAGGAACUCUUCCUGGACAGCAAUGCCAUCUCUGAGCUGUCCCCACAGGUGUUCUCACGACUCUUCAGCCUGGAGAAGCUGUGGCUUCAGCACAAUGCCAUCAACAACCUGCCGCUCUCUGUCUUCUCCUCCCUACACAAUCUGACCUUUCUGAACCUGCAAGGCAAUGCACUACAGACACUGCCCGCUGGUCUUUUCACUUAUAACCCAGGUCUGCUUGGCCUGUCCCUGUCCCACAACCAGCUGGAGACUGUCACUGAGGGCACCUUUGCCAACCUGUCCCGCCUUGUUUCCCUCACGCUUUCACACAACACCAUCACCCACCUUCCUGAAGGUGUUUUCAGGGACCUUGAAGAGUUGGUCCAGCUUUACCUGGGCAGCAACAACUUGACAGCCUUGCACCCAGCCCUCUUCCAGAACCUGAGCAGGCUCGAGCUGCUCAGCCUGUCUAGGAACCAGCUGACCACACUCCCUGGGGGCAUAUUUGACACCAACUACAAUCUUUUCAACCUGGCCCUGUAUGGUAACCCCUGGCAGUGUGACUGCCACCUGGCCUACCUCACCAGCUGGCUACAUAUGUACAGCGACCACCUCUUCAACAUCCAUACCUACUGUGCAGGCCCUGCCUACCUCAAGGGACAGGUGGUGCCUGCCCUGAAGCAGGAACAGCUGGUAUGCCCUGUUGCCCAGGACCGCUUGGGCUUCCAGGCUCUGGGACUGGAUGACAGGGAGCCGGGGGGCAGCUGGGAUCUGACAAUGGAGAAGAAGGCAGCCCACAGCUCGUGUACCUACAGCAAUCCGGAGGGUACUGUAGUGCUUGCCUGCGAUGAAGCCCAGUGUCGCUGGAUGAGCAUCCAGCUGUCUCCUAGGCAGGGCUCGGGCUCCCCAGCGAUAGCCUACAAUACUAGUCAUGAGUGGGACUUGAAGUCAAGCUGUGGUUCUAUGAGGGUCACUGUGUCUAUUGAUGCUUGGGCUGCUGUGCCUUAGGUACAGAAGAUAGAGAAAGGAGCCUGGGUGGGUGGCUUCUUGGGGCAAAGGCAGCUGAGUGCUGCAGCUUACUUAAUGGACAUGGCUAUAUCUUCAGGGUAGGGAGGUAGGAUGAGGCUUGUCCUACCCAGUAUCUCCUCUUCUUCCUUCACCACACCCUCUUGGAUUCUGUACCCUAAGAAGGCCAACCUCACAUCUUGCAGGCACCCUUGAGAGCUGCACCCCGGUCUGGAGGAUAAAACACCCCAACCACAGUAUUUUCCUAUUGCCUAACCUCACCCCACUCUCCCUGCCCCGAGUACCAGCUCUGAGGUAUGUUGACCACUACUGUAGCUGUUCAAAGUGGAAGCCACCGCCAACACACACACGCCUUUGACAAAUCAAAAGACAACUUUCUCCCCAAAUUUUAUUUCAAUGGAGAGGGAGGAGAGCAAGAGCAAGAGAGAGAAUAGGAACAGAGGUGACCACAAAAAGGUAGGACAGGUAAUGGCUUCACGUGGGUAAAUGAUAAUGUCCUGACCACCUUUCCUGCUGCAUCCAGGAGAAAUCAAAGCAAGAUGGCACCACAGGAAGGCAAGACCCAGUUGCUGAGGUGAAGCCCCAGAGGGCCUGGUCUCUUUGCCUGUUCAGCACACGAGAUGGUUGCUCCCUGAGGAAGCUGAAUGUGCCAGAGGAGGGGGACAGGGAGGAGAGGCAAGCUGUUGGACUGGGGCAGCUGCUCUGUGUCUUGGCUUUCAGGGCAUCUGACUCUAGGCUCAUUCACUGUAAUGCUCACCCGUAGUUUCUGAGACCUCACUGCUGCCUCAGCUGCCAGUGUUCCUCAGCCACCACCCCCCAAGAUGGCCUUGCUGUCUCACCUCCUUGGUAAUCAGUCAGAGGCCUCUAGGCGCUGAUGACCUCACAUCUCCAUCUUGGGUUCAGCGCUUCUUAGCUGCAUGCUACCUCUGACUAUGUAGCCACAAGAGGGUCUAAACCAAACUCUGUCCCCACUUCCUCCUACAUUCCCAUCCAGCAGAACGGCAAGCCCGGAAACUGGGAGCAGAGGAGCGUUCCUGCGCCUUUCACGUGCACACCCUUCCUCAUGGCCAAUGAAUGCCCCUGCUUUUACCUUCCCCACCCCCAGAUCAUUGCACAAUCUCUUACCUGUUUACAGGGCUGCAGAGUGCAAAGGCUACAUCAGAUGCACUGUAGGCCCUCAGCCGCUCACAGUUCGGGGGAGAAAUCAGACAGGAGUACAAGAGAAGUUACCCAUCUGCAUAUGAAUUGUUAGCCUUGAAUUCCUGCACUCAAGUUCUCCUGCUUCAGCCCCUGAGUAGAUGGCACUAUUGGUAUAAGACCCCAUGCCCAGUCAAUGUUUGGGACUUGUUUAUUUUUCAGUGCUGGGAACUGAACCCAGGACCUUGUACAUGCUAGGUAAGCCAGCUACCACCAAGCCACACCACCAGCUCCUGCUUUGUUUUCUUUUUAAAAUCCCCUAGAUGGUUCUGGGAUUCAGUCACCAUCCUUGUUACACAGAUGAAGACGCUGAAAGGGGAAAGGGGGCAUGAUUUAGUAAAUGCCCAAAUAGUCGCAUGCUCAUUGGCAGAAAUAAAGGAGAAAGACAGCUAACAUUUCUUUCAACUACAGCUUUUCCUCUGGGGCAGUUGAGAUGGCUCAGUGUGUAAAAGUACUCACAGCACAAACCAGGAUGACCUGAAUUCGAUCCCUAGAUCCCACAGUUCGAUCCCUAAAUCCAAUUCGAUCCCUAGAUCCAAAAGUUGUCCUCUGACCUCCACACUUGUACUGUGGCAUGUACAUAAAUAAAAUUUAAUUAAAAAAGUUUAAAAGUAUACAUUUCAUUGAAAUAUAAACACCUUGAGCCAAAUGGUGCUAGGGAAAGGACACUGGCCAACAGCCAGCCUGGACCAAGGUAAGCUGGGUGAGUAGGUGGCUGAGUGUGUCGCCUGGUACCCAGGGGAUCCCCACGUCCUGCCUCUUUGUGGGGUGGUCCAGUCUGGUCCAUCAGUUGACCAGUACACCAGCAUACUGAACACUGGCAGGCUACUAAGCUCCCUGUGUGUCAGCUUCUUCACCAAUAGUUCAAUACUUAAUGGUAUCUGCCCAAGACAAUAGUGUAAGAGAAGUCCCCAAACAGUGUAAUCCUGAAUUAUUAUUAUUAUUAUUAUUACUCAGUCCUUCAACAUAUUACCAUAUGUCGUGGCCAGUGAUGGACCACUUAUAUAAGGCUGUCACAUGAGAUAAUAAAGGAGCUGAAAAGUCCUGUUUUGAGUGAUACUGUGACUAUUCUAACAUCGGAAAAUGUCACUCAUCUGUGGUGAUACUACUGUAAACGAGUCUACAGUGUCAGCAGUCGUAAAAGUAUAGCAUAGGGAGAUGGCUCAGUGUUGGUAAAGGCUCUUGCUGUCAACCCGAGGACUUGAGUUCAAUUCCCAGGACCCACAUGGUAGAAGGAGAGAGAGAAAAUCAACUCCUGCAAGUUCUUCUCUGACCUCCAUAAGUGUGUUGUGACAUGCAUGCCCAUUCCCCUACACACAAAAUAAAGAUUUUUCAAAGUAUAGCAUAUACAGUUACAGACAGCAUAUUAUACCUGAUAAUAACAACAAAUGUACUGUUGGAUUAUGUAUUCACCAUACUUCAAUUUUAAUAAUUGUUUUAGAGUGUAUUACUACACUCUAAAUGAAAAACAUUUUCUAGGGCUGAGGAUGUGGCUCAGUGGUAGAGUGCCUGCCUAGUAUGUGAGGCCCUGGGCACCAUUCCCAGCACUGUAAACAAAGCAAAGCAAAACAUUUUCUGUUUGCCUUCAGCAGCCCAGUACAUCUUAAGGUGCCCACUCUAGAUUGUAUUAGGAGGCCACGUGUCUGAUCUGUGGGUUUGCAUAGGUACGACUCUGCGGUAUCCCACCAUGCUGAGAAGAAUAUCAGCAUUUAUCAGAACUUGUUCUCCGUGUUAUGGGACAUGACUAUAUUUCCAGAGAAGUGAGUGUGGUGGGGGAGGAUGAGGUUGGACAAAUACUGAUCAAGAGCUUGACUGCAACAUUUGUUUUAUCUGCUCUGGUUGGCCUAUCUCCAUGAAACAACUGUUAUUUGCUGAGAUUAUUUUUGGGGGUGGGGAUUGGAAAUGUAAUUUUUGAAAAAUUUCAAUGCUGAUAGACAAUAAAGAUAAUGUAAAAUUGGACGGUGCUGUGAAAGAUUAGACAGACUAGCACAGCGAAAGUCCUAUGUGAA